AUGGCAGGAAAACCAAAAUCAAAAUCCGCACCAGUUUCACCUCCAAAACCACCAUCCGAACAAAAUCCACCCCAGGAAACAGCAGAACAAGAAACUACACCCGCACAAUCAUUACCACCCUCCACCCCAAUUACAAUUACACUUGAAGAUCUCAGAUCUAUUGUUGCAGAUGAAAUUGAUAAACGUAUUAAUGUUUUUGGAAAGACUUAUACGGCCGACCUUAACGAGUACAUGGAUAAAGCAAUUACCACACCUUUGAAGAAUGUCACUACACAAGUUCAGACGGUUCAGGACGAUGUCUUACAGAUUCAUGAUGAUGAUAAAGUACGCGACGAUCAGAUGAAAGAGACAUUUGCUCAAGCCAAUAAACGUUUUGCUGAAGAACAUGACGAUAUUCAGCAUGUCUUCGAUGAAGAAUAUGAACAAUUUUCAAAGAUGAAAGGUGAUUUAGCAGAUGAGAAGGUCCAUUUAUCCCAAGUUGAGAAAUCCGUAACCAAUUAUUCAACUAGAAACGGAUCUGCUUUAGAACAAGUUAUUAGAAGAUAUUUGCCAAUCUUUGAUCUUACAAAAAUCGAUGCGAAGACUAUGAGAGCUCAACAACAGGCAGAAGGAGAUCGGAAAACUCCAAAUGCUAUUUAUACGCCAACUCAAAGUGAGAUGAUCGACACCAUCCAUGAUCUUCAUUUGCUUCUGAAAUUGCAGUCUAUGCAAUCAAAAUUUAAAACAAUGGGAAUUCCAAAGUAUCGUUGGGGCAGUUUAGCUUCUUCAUUCUUUUCUGGUAAUUUUAAGGAAUUAUACCAAGCCAGAGAGCAAUACCCAGAAGACUCAUCCGUUGGUAUUCAAUGGAGAGAUGUUGUUUUCUUAGUUGCGCUGCACACUGACCUUACCUUUAAGAGUAUUAAACAUGUUCUUCAAUUUGUUGUUACUUGGCCAAAACCAGAUCAAUUAGUAACAGAAUACUUAAGUGAAAUGCAACUUAGAGCAUCCCGUCUUACAAGAUAUGAGAAUUCAUUGACUAAUGUCAAACUUAUCGUUCUUGCUUUCUUGGUCAGUCAAUUUGGACAUAUCAUCCAAUUGAAUAGAUUAGAUCAAGUUAGAGCGGAAGACUUUUUUCAAGAAGCCAGGGUCGCAUUUCAAGGAUGGAAAUUUCCACUGGAAAUCAAAUUUGAUGUUGAUUUUGAAAUGGGAAAUCCAUUACGUGAUGUUAUGAGUGUCAACAGAAGUGGCAAUUGUGGAAAUAAUUGUGGAUAUCAGAACAAAGGUCAAUACAAUAAUAAUAAGAAGGUUCUUGUAUGUUACGAACAACCACCAAGACAAUCACAAACAUCUUUUAGAUCUAAUUCGAGACCAAAUGAUACAAAAGGGAAACCUCACUACAAAGACAACAAAUCAAAGAAGAAUUUUAGACCUAAAAAAACUGCUUAUGCUGUUGAAACUGAAGAAUCUACCCAACCAGAUGAAUCUCAAGAUUUUGAACUGGAACAAUGUAUCGAACCAGAUGAACAACCUUCAUACGAAUUGAAUGCUAUUGAAUUUGAAGAAGAACUGGAAGGGGAAGUUCAGGACCAGGCGAGGCAAUGA